AUGGCUGCCAACUUGUCUCUCGUGCUGGCCCUGGUAGGGUUUGCACUCGCCUUGUACGCGAUUUCACGCAUUGGCCGCCGACCAAAGGACUAUCCACCAGGCCCUCCUACUGUCCCUGUACUCGGAAAUCUUCUUCAGAUGCCCUCAAAGGAUGCCCACCUACAGUUCGAAAAAUGGUCCAAGAUCUACGGACCCAUCUACAGCCUCAUGAUCGGGUCCGGAAAGGUCAUGGUUAUUCUCUCUAGUAAUAGAGAGGUCAAGGAACUCCUGGACAAGCGUGCGCAGGCGACCAACGACCGGAGCGACCGCUACAUUGGGCACCAAAUCCUGAGUAACGGGGAGCGAAUUCUGCUACAGCCUUAUGGCAAAGUAUGGCAGAAGCAGCGGAAGAUGUACCACAAGUUAUUGAGCAUAAGCCUCACGCAAUCGUACUUGCCGUAUAUCGAGCUCGAAAACAAGCAGAUGAACUUUGAUAUCCUGACCAACCCGGACCAUUUUCUGCGUCACACGAAGAGGUAUACGAACUCUACGACCAUGAUGAUGACAUAUGGGAGGCGAACCCCCCAGUACGAUGAUGCAGAAAUGAGAGAAUAUCUCGAGAUCCUUGAAAAGACCACCGGCAUAAUCCAGUCUACUGCUGCAAAUGUUCCCGAUGCCUAUCCUAUUUUUCGCAAGCUCCCUCGGUGGCUGUUACCCGGUGUCAAGAUGGCCGUGGAGCACACAAAGAGGGAAGAAGCAUUCUAUCUCCGACUGUGGAACGAGGUCAAGUUGAAGCUGGAUGAGGGGACCCAGAAACCGUGCUUCACGGUCCAGAUGUUGCGGGAGCAGGAGAAGGAGGGAUUCGACGACCGAUUUGGCGCGUACAUCUCGGGUGGUUCGCUGGAAGCAGGCACCGACACGACCUCCAAUACCAUCUUGGCCUUUAUCCAAGCGAUGCUGCUCUUCCCCGAUGUCCAGGAGAAGGCUCACGCCGAGAUAGAUCGUGUCCUGGGAGACCGUCUGCCGUCCAUGUCCGACUGGGCGAACCUGCCGUACGUCAGGGGAUGUGUGAAGGAGACGCUCCGGUGGUCGCCUACCACGACGCUCAUCGUCCCGCACGCGACGUUUUCCGAUGAAAUAUACAACGGGUAUCGGAUUCCGCGGGCCGCGGAAAUCGUCGUCAACGCCUGGGCCGUCAACAACAACCCGAACAUCUACGACGACCCUCGACGCUUUGAUCCCGCACGAUUCAUCAACGACACUCAGUCGUCCUUCGAGGCCUCCCAGAACCCCGACGUGACCAAACGUGACCAUUUCACCUUUGGCGCGGGACGGCGCAUCUGCGCGGGCAUUCAUCUCGCCGACGUCACCAUUUUCCUGGCCAUCUCGCGACUCCUGUGGGGGUUUGACAUUACUCCUGCGCCAGGGCAGACGUCCCUGCCGGACCCGUUGCUGAGGACCGCAGGCCUGGUGUCGAUGCCGCUGCCGUUCCCCGCGAGGUUUGAACCGAGAUCGCCUGCCAAGGCAGACAAGAUCAAGCAGAUGUGGAACGAGGCAAGACAGCUCCUGGAUAGCGAGAUGCAAUGGCGGGAGAUUCCCGAGACGUUGAAGUUUCACCUGUGA